GGCAUCAAAUUUGUACGGCAGCCCUGGUCGCGUACAGUGCUAGUGCGGGUGUUUUUACGCUAAUAUAUCAAUUUGCUAUUUAUACAAAGCCAAUAGGAAAUCGUAAGCCACUAGAGAAAAAGCAAUGGCGCAACCACAACAACCGGCCUAUGAAAACAAAAAUGUCUAUGCAACGCUGCCGCGCACUCAACGUGGCCAGCCCAUUGUUUUGGGUGCAGAUCCCAAGGGCAAGAACUUUCUCUAUACCAAUGGCAACUCGGUGAUAAUCAGAAAUAUUGAGAAUCCAGCGAUUGCCGAUGUCUACACGGAACACUCGUGUGCAGUGAAUGUGGCCAAGUAUUCGCCCAGCGGCUUCUACAUUGCAUCCGGCGAUGCCUCUGGCAAGAUUCGUAUUUGGGAUACCGUUAACAAGGAGCAUUUGCUGAAGAAUGAAUUCCAGCCGAUUGUAGGACCUAUUAAGGACAUCAGUUGGUCGCCGGACAAUCAACGCAUUGUCGCCGUCGGCGAGGGACGCGAGCGUUUUGGUCAUGUCUUUAUGUCCGAAACGGGUACAUCAGUGGGUGAAAUUAGUGGCCAGUCCAAGCCCAUCAACUCGGCGGACUUCAGGCCAGCCAGACCAUUCCGCAUCGUGACUGGCAGCGAAGACAACACGAUCGGCAUUUUCGAGGGACCUCCGUUCAAGUUUAAAAUGACAAAGCAGGAGCAUUCGCGUUUUGUGCAGGCUGUGCGCUACUCGCCGGACGGUAAAUACUUUGCCUCGGCUGGCUUUGAUGGCAAGGUGUUUUUGUAUGAUGGAACCAGCUCGGAACUGUUGGGCGAAUUUGGUUCGCCAGCACACAAGGGUGGCGUUUAUGCGGUCGCAUGGAAGCCAGACGGCACACAGCUACUUACCUGCUCGGGUGAUAAGACCUGCCGUCUCUGGCAGGUUGAGUCUCGUGAGCUGAUCAGCGAGUUUGUUAUGGGCAGCACCGUGGAUGAUCAGCAGGUGUCGUGUCUGUGGCAAGGGGAGCAUUUGCUAACCGUCUCCCUGUCUGGAGUGAUUACUUACUUGAAUGUGGAGGAUCCCAGCAAGCCACUGCGGGUGGUCAAGGGUCACAAUAAACCAAUUACAGUCCUGGGCUUGAGCGAUGACCGCAGCACUAUAUACACCGGCAGCCAUGACGGCAUUGUGACCAACUGGAAUUCCGGCAACGGCGUCAACGAUCGCAUCACCGGUACUGGUCAUGGCAAUCAGAUAAACGGCAUUGCCGCCUGGGAUGAAUUUGUCUACACAUGCGGAAUUGACGAUAGUCUAAGGCAGUUCAGUGUCGAGGGCAACAGCUACACGGACUACGUAGUCAAGCUGAAUUGCCAGCCACGCGGCUUGGCCAUCUUACGGAGUGAGAAUAUCAUUGCCUUGGCUUGCAUUAAGGAGCUUACUUUGGUGCAGGGUCAAAAGAAGAUAUUCUCGCUGCCCAUCAAAUACGAAGCCAGCUCUAUUGCAGCCAAUGCUGACACUUUGGAUGUGGCUGUCGGUGGUGAUGAUCAAAAACUGCAUAUCUAUUCACUUAAAGACGGCACUUUAGAGCUGAAGACGGAACUGGACCAUCUGGGCGCUGUCACCGAUGUUGCCUAUUCGCCGGAUCAAAAGUAUUUGGUUGCCUGUGAUGCUCAUCGUAAGGUGGUCCUUUAUUCGGUGGAAGAAUACAAGCUGGCUCACAACAAGGAAUGGGGCUUCCAUAAUGCGCGCGUCAAUACUGUGGCCUGGUCACCCAACUCGCUGCUAGUGGCCAGCGGCUCGCUUGAUACUACAAUUAUUAUUUGGUCUGUGACCAAUCCAGCAAAGCACACCAUCAUCAAGAAUGCUCAUCCACAGUCGCAAAUUACGCGCCUAGUGUGGCUGGACAAUAAUACUGUGAUCUCCACUGGUCAGGAUUGCAAUACCAAAGUCUGGCAUGUAGAAACUAUCUAAAUUAUGCCAAUAGGAAAAGAGCAACGAGAUAUAUAUAGCGCAGCCAGCGCAUAUUUUUAUACUUAUUCAGCGAGAAAGAGGAGAGACGGAUCCGUUUAAAACCCAUUGAAUUGCCGCCGAGCUCCUACUAAUGCUUCGGAAUCAGCUUCAUUUCAUUUAAGUGCAACAGUUUAUUUAAAUUUAGAUAUUUAUAUUACGCACUCAUUAUGCCCCUUAACUUUAAGCCCAAAAGUGUUUUUCUGCCAAUCAUAUUUUCUUUUUGCAUGAUGUGAAUUGAAAUAUUUAAACAUGAGCUAUUCUUUGAAAUAAUUCCGUCAAACCAAUCCCACUUCAUUAUACUUGUAUGUGUUUUAAACAAAUUUUUGAUACUUA